AAAUUUAGAUACAAUUAAGCCCAAAUGGCCUUUAAUUGGGCCGAACAAGUACGGUUGAGGCUUUUAGCAGAGUGAGAGAUAGUUGGAGCAAGAGUCGUCUUCUCCAUGUUUGUGAUUACGAGAUUGAUUUGCCGGAGAAUCCAUGGCACAAGCGAUGUUACUGUUCCGAAGCUCUCAGGAUUCUCUAUUCUAUCUCCCAAACACGUUGAGGUAGAAUAUGCAGAUGGCACCAAAUUCAAAUUCUCUUCAGAGUUUCUGAGAGUCAAUAGUCCAGCUGCUGAUGGAAAAAUCAGAUCAAUCGGUGGUGACAAGGUGAUAUCUGGAAGGCGGUAUGUAGGAAUCAUGUCUGCAGAACCGGUGGGAAACUAUGGGGUAAGGUUAGUGUUUGAUGACUUGCAUAGAACAGGGAUAUAUCCAUGGGAUUAUUUCUACGAGCUUGGGAGCAAUAAGUUUAGUCUCAUGAGAAACUAUAUCAAGACUCUCCAAAAGCAUCGUCUCAGCCGUGAACCUCCUCCUCCGAGAAGGAAAUGAUUAUGAUGUCAAAUGUGUUUUAAAACUUUCUUCUAAGUGUUUAAUAGAAUCAUUCUUGUGCAGCAGUGCAUGAACAUGUAAUAUUGUUGUCUUGUUUGUUUCAGAAUUACGGAACACAAACAGUUCUAAACGCUGUCCUUAUAAUUUAAAAUCACAUGGGUCUCAACUCUUAACAGAAUUGCCCAUCUAAA